AUGGCGGACGGAAAGGACGAAGCCGCCGCAGACAAAGGCACUAAUAAUCAACGACUCAAAUGGCAGKCUGUAGACGAAGAGACUGGUGAUUUCCCACAACGCCAGCAGCUAACUCGCACCCUUUCGACGGCGUCGUCUGCAGCGUCGACAAGAGCGAAUCGACGAGCGACUAUUGMCCCCGCCGUUACGUUACCGAUUCAUUAUCGGAGCGUGUCGUUUGAGAUCGAUGAAGUCAGACAACGGGAGGAAAUCAAGGCCAAAAAUGAUGGGAUCGCUAAUGAACUGUCAAACAUCGAGUGGCACACCCUCUCCACCACCUCGCUCGAAAAAAGGUUCGAGGUGGAUAUCGGCCAUGGUCUCUCUUCAGACCAAACCCAACAACGCCUCCGUGAAUACGGUAAAAACGUUCUGUCACCCGCACCGCAUCACUGGUUCAAGCAAAUCUUCGGCUACUUCUUCAAGGGCUUCGGUAUAAUCCUACUUAUCGGUUGUAUUCUGGUGUUCGUCUCGUGGAAACCCCUCGGUGACCCUCCCGCAGUUGCAAAUUUGGCAUUGGCGAUUGUCUUGCUCGCCGUGUUUUUCAUCCAAGCGGGCUUCAACGCAUGGCAGGAUUGGUCCUCGUCCAGGGUCAUGGCUUCGAUUACGGCCAUGUUACCUGAGAAUUGUACUGUUGUACGAAACGCUGGGAAUCAAGUGAAUAUUCCAGCUGCAGAGAUCGUGCCUGGAGAUGUCAUUCAAAUAAAAGCCGGGAACAAGUUGCCUGCUGAUGUGAGGUUUGUGCAAGUUUCGAAUGAUGCCUGUUUCGAUAGGUCUAUACUUACUGGUGAAUCCGUCCCUGUCAACGGCACAAUCGACGCCACGGAAGAAAACUAUCUCGAAACACAAAACGUGGGUCUUCAAGGCACGCAUUGCGUAUCCGGUAGUGCGCUCGCAAUCGUCGUCUCAACGGGUGACAACACCGUCUUUGGUCGUAUCGCAAAACUAGCGAGUGAACCCAAACCAGGUUUAACUCUGCUUGAGAAAGAAGUGUUGCGAUUCGUUGCGUUGAUCGUGGCAAUUAUGUUGACCAUGAUUAUCGUGGUCAUUAUUGUUUGGGCGGCAUGGUUGCGAAAGGAUCACCCUGAUUGGAUUAAUGUGCCAACUCUGAUCGUGGAUUGUGUCAGCGUGGCCAUCGCGUUCAUUCCAGAAGGUCUCCCUAUUAGCAUUACAGCGAGUCUGACAAUUACAGCCAACAUUAUGAGGAAAAAUCAGAUAUUGUGCAAAUCGCUGAAGACUGUGGAGACCUUGGGAAGCGUCAGUGUCAUUUGUAGUGACAAGACCGGGACACUUACUCGAAACAAAAUGUUCGUCACCGACUGCACAAUUUCAACAACGGUCUUCAACAGCCCGAUGAUUGCCCGAGAUGAGAGUAUACUCAAGGGCAAGUCGACCGGCGUACACCAACUUCGCGCCUUAUCUGGGCUAUGUAAUGCGGCCGAAUUUGAUGCUGCGGCCGAGAACAUGCCACUCAACGAAAGACCAAUCUUUGGUGAUGCGACAGAUCAAGCCAUUCUUCGAUUUUCAGAACUUCUUGGCUCCGUUUCUGAAAUGCGUCGUUUGUGGAAGAAAACCUGGGAACUUGCGUUCAACAGCCGGAAUAAGUUUAUGAUUCGUACAUUCACGGUCGCAGAAUCCAAAGGGUUGGGAUUGGCGUUGUCGCCGGCAGAGUCUAUGAAGUUCAAAUCAGAGGACACCCUAUUGACGAUCAAAGGAGCUCCUGAUAUUCUGAUUGAACGGUGUGGACGUGUUGUAACGGCCGAUGGUAGUGUGCAAACUCUUGAUGCAGAGACCUUGCGGCAAAUCAAAGGCAUCAAAGAUGACUGGUCGAACCAAGGUAAACGAGUAAUAUUACUCGCGCGCAAGGUCAUCGUCGCUGAGGAUAUCAUGACAACUCCUGGCAGUCAUGAAUACGAGUCAGAAAUCAUGCGGCAGGCCAAGUCUGAUUUGAUUCUUGUCGGCUUGGUGGGCAUUGUUGAUCCGCCUCGUGAGGAAAUUCCAGCAGUGGUCAAGACCUUGAGACGUGCAGGUAUCCGUAUUUUUAUGGUGACUGGUGAUUUCGGACUGACAGCACUGGCUAUUGCACGUCAAUGUGGGAUUGUUUCGGCUGGCCGCGUUGAUGAUGCUACCGCUUUGCAACGAUAUGCCAGUGGAAGCGACACGGCCGUCAAUAAAGAGCAUUCGACAACGGCAAUUGUCAUUAGUGGCUCUGAUCUUCUCAGCCUAAACGACACGCAAUGGGAUCAGCUGUGCGGAUAUCAGGAGAUUGUAUUUGCGCGCACAACACCCGAGCAAAAACUCCGCAUCGUGCGCGAAUUUCAGUCUCGUGAAGAGAUCGUGGGCAUGACAGGCGAUGGCGUCAACGAUGCGCCCUCUCUCAAAGCAGCUGAUAUCGGCAUUGCCCUGGGCAGCGGAUCGGACAUUGCUAUUGAAGCAGCCGAUAUGGUUCUCCUCGACUCAUUCUCUGCGAUCGUUGAAGCCGUACAAUAUGGCCGUGUGGUCUUUGACAACCUGAAAAAGACAAUUAUUUACCUGCUGCCCGCGGGAUCAUUCUCUGAAUUCUGGCCCGUUUUCACAAAUGUCGUCUUCGGCCUGCCACAGGUUCUCUCCUCUUUCCUGAUGAUUGUCAUUUGCUGUUUCACCGAUUGCGCGGCUGCCACCGUGCUGGCAUAUGAAAAACCAGAAGCCGACGUUCUGUUACGACCACCCCGCAACCCGCGCAAGGAUAAGCUGGUUGACUGGAAGCUAAUGUUCCACGCAUAUGGUGUGAUUGGUAUUAUCCAAACGGUCUGCUCUUUCUCCAUGUCGUAUUGGUAUCUAGAACGCAACGGCAUACCGUUUUCGUCGCUCUGGUUUGGAUUCGGCGCUGUCCCGGAUGGUAUCGAUCCGGAUUAUUACAAUAAUAUGCUGAAUGAGGCGUCAUCAAUAUAUUUCAUCAACUUGGUCGUCAUGCAAUGGUUCAAUCUGAUGGCCAUCCGAACCCGCCGACUUUCCAUCUUCUCUCACCCACCCGCGUUCAAUAAAGAGACUCAGAAUCUGCUAUUGUUUCCCGCAAUCAUCUUUGCAUUAGGCAUUGCUGCAUUCUGGCUCUAUAUCCCGAGCCUGCAAAACGUGCUCAAUACUACUGGCGUACCAGUUCAGCACUACUUCCUGCCUGCGGCGUUUGGACUGGGACUGUUGAUUUUAGAUGAGGGGAGGAAAGCUGCUGUUAGACGCUACCCUGGGGGUAUACUCGCAAAGCUUGCAUGGUAG